CCCGCGCGGGAGGGGGGGAUACGGUGGAACGCCGGGGAAGGAAAGAGAGAAGAAACAGAUAAAACCAGAGCAGGGGGUAAAAAGGUGCCCCGCGCCUCUCGGAAUCCAGAGGCCGCCGUCGUCGCCGCCGACGCUGGGGGUGGGCUCCGGAAGAGCCGGACCAACUGGGAGGGAAAGGACGAACCAGGAGCGAAAUCCUGCAACCAGGGAAGAGACCGAGGCGCAAAGAAAAAGUGACUCCGGCCGUGCGCCCCGGAGGCGCUCAGGAGGGAACUGAAGCCGCGGUGGGGGCCCCGCCGAUCCGCCCCCAACAUCCUCCGAGGGGGCAGACCCCGGCCCGCCCCUAAGGGCUCAAGGCGAUGAGAUAAUCCAGCUGAGCUGCGAAAGGAGAGCGUCUGGCUCUGGAUUGGGGGGAGGGGGUCUCUGGGAGGAGUGGGCCUCGGAAGUGGGGGUGAGGGUCGGCGCUGAUCCCGGGCCAGAGGGGGGCGGGGGCUGCUGGGCCGCGCAGGAGUGGGCUGCAGGGGCCUCGCGCGUCCGGCUCACUCGCGCUGCAGCGGCCCACGCGCUCCGUCCAGCUCGGAGCUGCCCCGCGCCCCAGCCGCCCGGCCGGCCGGCCGCCCUGGCCCACGGCGCAGAUGGCUGUGCGCGGCGCCAACACCUUGACGCCCUUCUCCAUCCAGGCAAUACUGAACAAGAAAGAGGAACGCGGCGGACUGCCCGGGCCAGAGGGGCGCCCGGUACCCGGGGGUACCGCGGUGGCAGUGGCUGAGGCGCCCGCUGUCUGCUGCUGGCGACUCUUCGGGGAGACAGACGCGGGCGCUCUGGGGGGCGCGGAGGACUCUCUGCUGGCGUCGCCUGCCGGGACCAGAACGGCUGCGGGGCGGACCGCGGAGAGCCUGGUUGGUUGGGACUCGGACUCGGCGCUGAGCGAGGAGAACGAGGGCGGGCGACGCUGUGCGGACGCGCCGGGGGCCAGCGGGGCCGGCCGUGCAGGGGGGACGCUGGGCCUCGGCCAGCCGGUCUGCGAGCUGCCCGCCGCCAAGGACCUGGAGGAGGAAGCCGCAGGCCAGAGCGACAGCGAGAUGUCGGCCAGCGUCUCAGGCGACCGCAGUCCAAGGGCCGAAGACGACUCUGUUGGCCCCGGAAGCGAACGCGUGCCGGCUCUGUGCGGCCGAAGCGGCGGCGGCGGUGGACCGGCGGGCGGCGCGGAGGAGGAGGAGGAGCCCGCCGCGCCCAAGCCGCGCAAGAAACGCUCGCGGGCCGCCUUCUCCCACGCGCAGGUCUUCGAGCUGGAGCGCCGCUUCAACCACCAGCGCUACCUGUCCGGGCCGGAACGCGCCGACCUGGCCGCGUCUCUGAAGCUCACCGAGACGCAAGUGAAGAUCUGGUUCCAGAACCGUCGCUACAAGACCAAACGCCGGCAGAUGGCCGCCGACCUGCUGGCUUCAGCGCCCGCCGCCAAGAAGGUGGCGGUCAAAGUGCUGGUGCGCGACGACCAGAGACAGUACUUGCCUGGCGAGGUGCUGCGGCCGCCCUCGCUGCUGCCACUGCAGCCCUCCUACUAUUACCCUUACUACUGCCUUCCCGGCUGGGCGCUCUCCACGUGUGCAGCCGCCGCGGGCACCCAGUGAGCCGGCCUGGGGCAAGCAGCAAACGCUCCCCGCGCCCCAGCUCGGGACGGCCGCGGACGGCUGUGCAGGUUGUGCUCUGUACGAGGGCGCCCCGCCGAGGGGGCAAGUGGAGGAUGAAAUCCAGCCCAGGCUCAAACUCCGAGCGCGCCCUGGCAGCGUGACUGAGUCUGUCCAGAGGGGGCGCCUUUUUCUAAAUUGAACGGAGGCACCCUACGGCCUAGGGGCCUUGCUCCCCCGUUGCUUGCCUGGAAGCUCUUGGACAUUAUUUAUUAUCACAACAAAGUUGGAUUUGGAGUGUAUCUGCCAGGAGACGGCGUUUCCCAGGAGCGGAGAGAACUCCUGGGUCCACAUAGCCUGAAUAACCAGAAUUUCAGGCUGGCUGGGAGCUUCGUGCACUAGGCCACAAUAGUUCAUGGUAUCCAUGCUACCAAUCUAUGUUUAUCUACAUAUCUAUUUUUUUGGAAAUUGCAUUUGUAACAAAGGGGUGUGGAACCUUGACAGCCCCAAGGAGCCCCGAGCGAUGGGGUUGAUUUGAACCGUGAAAGGUUUGCUUUUCGGGUCCUCUGCCCCCACCCCUCCCCGUGUCAGAGCUCGGGUGGGGACGCCCUGUUGGGUGCUGAAUGUAAAGAAGGGAGCCUCUGAGCACAGGGCAGGGCAGACGCCCCCCGAAUCUUUCCGAAGUCCAGGGCUGCCACCAACUGGGGAGCUUCCUGGGAACCCCGAACGGGGAAAGAGCAAACCCAGCAGCCCUUGGCAGAAACAUUCUUUUAUUUCUUUUUAUUUUUUUAAAGGAGGUUAAAACUUGUAGCACUUUUUGGUUGUUUGUAUUCAAAUAACGGUUAUUUUUGUAUUCAAUGUGAAUAUCCCUGACCAGCCUUUCCCUGGCGUCCCCCCAGUUCCGACGCCGGGCCCUCUGUCUCUACUGACCAUCCUCCCCAACUCCUGCGUUCUGUCCCAGGAUUCUCCCAUCCCUGCCCCUACCCCUGCGACAGAUGGUCCUGUCAACCUCCUCGCUUUUUGCCUCCUUAAGGGCACUGUGCACUCAACUAGAAUAUUAACUUUAAAAAGAUUUGUGACGUUUGGAAGCUCUGUUCGCUUUAUCUUUCUUUUUCCUUUAAUUUAUAAACUUUUAGUUUAACAUGCCCUUCUGGACGCCGUGUUUUCUCUGAGCCUCUCUCCGUCUGGCUUUGGGGAAUCCAGUGCCGUAAAAAUGUCUGGGGCUUAUUUUCCCAACCACUCUUCAGUCCUGGACCAAGGAUCCCUCCUCCCGCUAGGGACCAGCCCUGCUGCCCACCCGGCAGAAAGUGUUUAAACCUGCGGAGCUCAGGGAAUUGCGAUGUAGGGGACUUGGCAAAAGUCACAGCCGAAUCCCACUGAAUCAGGAGCAAAUGCCCAGGAUUCCCUUUCUUUCUUUCCUUUUUUUUCCUUGUGGGAUUGGUUGCAGAGUCUGGAAAGCAUCCACAGCUGAACCCACAGCCAGUUUCAACCCCUACCUAACCUGUUGACUCCUCCACCUGUCCAAGUCCUCUCUGCUUUUGAUUUUCCCAGCAUUUCUGUAAGUGACCCGGUCUUCAUUUCGUUUGGAGAAUAGGCUAGCAAAAACUCGCUGAAAUUCUGAAGGCUAUAAUAAGCAAGCCUAUAAUAAGAGGUCUCUGGGGGAGGGUCAACUGAGCUUUGACCCCGGCAGGGUGCAAACGGCCCUCUACGUUAUUCCAGAGCCAUUCCACUUACUGUGACAUGGCCUCAUUUGAUCCACACGGAAGCCUAAGGGGAAAGUAGAGGAUGAGUAGGGCUAGGGUUAUUUAUUAUUUACAUUUUACAGAUGAACACAACCCACCCCCAUUCCACACUCCCCAGGCUGUCACGGAUUGGCCGGAGCAAAAUGCUUACCGCUUCAGUCUCCUCCCGCUGGGUCCGGGAGGAGCAAGGAAGAGUUAACGCCACAUCGCAGGCUUCAAGGCCUUGGGUCCGCCGGCCGGAGCCGGAGAUGCCAAACCCAAGCCCCAGCUACUUUCAAUUUUAUCCCGACCAGAAAGGUCUACCCGCCUUUCUCCCUGGCCCGAAAACUUUUUCCAGCUUCAGGACCCCGGGGCCUUUGUAUCCCAAAGUCCGUGGCCAGGGGUCUGCGGCCCCUCAGCUCGGCGGGGCGGAGAGUCAAAACAGAGCACUUUUCAAGAACGAUCCCUGCUUGUGAAAACAGCACAGCACGCCGGAAAGGCAAAGGCCCGCGGGGUAUGCACACCCUUGCCCCCAAGUCCAACCACCUUCUAAAUGGUUCUUGCAAGCAUUUUGUUUCUUUUUAGCAUGGUUAAAAAAUUCCAUUUAAACUUCUUAAUCAUGAAUGCAUUUUCCUUGUAGAAAGUUAGAACAUUUCCAAUAAUGCUAGAAUUCCCUCCCUUCUUCUCUGCAGAAAUCGCCACUACUGAGUGGUUUUGGGGGAAGGGGCUUGAUUUUUUUUUUUCCCCUUCUGAACUGGCAUGUGGUUGUGACUGUGGCCUAAAAGGUAAGUUUGUCCUCCAUCCUUGCGGAUUUGGAGUUGAAGGAACUAGGAUUCUUUCGAGUAGGCUGGUCAGUGCCCCUUCCCUUUCUCACCCCCUCUCUGCUCCCUGCCUGGGCCAGUUAUGCUGGGCUGGCUCCAGACGCCCGGGAAAAAUGACUCAAACGAAUUCAGUUUGCCCCAGAUUGUUGCAGUUUCACUCCGAGCUGCCCCGUGGCUGGCACUGCAUCAGCGCCUUGAGAUCUAAUUCGUGGAGUCGGAGUCAGCCUGCAGGGCCAGCCCGGCUUCAGGAGAUUUCCCCCCGGCAUUUGGAGACCUGAGCUGGGUAUCUUUACCCAGCCGUAGACAUGGCUCCUGUUGGAAAUCUGCCGUACUACUUUCUGAAUUUCCUCUUCCUUCUCCACUCCCACCCCUGCCUCUUUUUUUAAAAAGAUGAGAAAUAGUCCGGCUCUUUGCCCGCCUUGCUUCCUGACCUUCCUCUACCCGCUCUCGGCACCCCUGGGGCACAGUGCUCCUUGUCGGCUUCCUUGGGGCCUGACUUCCCAGAGUAGCUGCCAGCUGACCCUUUGGACCUAUUCAUCUUUCUCAGUCCUUUUGGGCUCUUAGCGAAUCUCAGAGCUGGCCUUGCACACUUAGAUGGAUAAACCACGCAGGGAGGAAUAGCUGGGAAGGGGACAUGCUGUGGCCUGCACUGUAAUCAGUCCCAAGGAUUCAGGUUCAGCCCACGAAUCUUGCUCUGGGCAGCAAAUUUGAAUUCGAUCGGCUAUCAAAUGUUGCGAGUGUGUGUGUGUGUGUGUGAGAGAGAGAGAGAGAGAGAGAGACUCAAAACCUUGGCCUGUUGGCCUUGACUCUCCCAAGCUGCAUCUAACUCCACAGGACUAGGGUGGAAGGGCUCACGGACCCAAAGGAGUACCUCGGGAGCUGGGUCAAGCCCUGGGAGUUUGGGAAUGGGUUCCAUUUCAGGAAAUAGUUGUCUUCCAGGCCAUAGAGAAUCCCCGUGCACUCGCUACUCCUCGGCACUAGCCAAGGGGAGGGGUGGCCAGCGAUUCUGACUUCCUUCAAGAAGGUCCGAGGAAGGCUCAAACAUGAUGUCCCCUUGCCUCUCAGAGCCUGGUCCGGAUCCCCGCUCCCCGAGGGGCUGGGCCCCUAGAGGGGCGGUGUCUGGGGGCUUCCCGGGAACGGGGAACUUUUGCAGACCCGGAAACUGGCAAGCCUGGAAGCACCAUACAGAGCAUCCCACAGAAGCAAGACCUCCUCCAAGGCCUGCAGACAUCCCCCGGGCGGGGAUUGUGUGACUCUAACUCCUCAGCCGGCUGCCGGAGCUCUGUCCUGGUUAGGCGGUCACCCCAUCCAUGUUUCAUCCGUGUUUGCCAGGAGAAGGUAGAAUCCGGCCUCGCGCGAGCCCACGGAAUUCAACUAGGCUGUCGGAAAAGGCUCCUGCCUCGGGGGAAAGCUGCCGCCGCCGCCGCCGCCGCCGGAGCCUGAGCAGCGGAGAAAUUUAGACAUCUCCCCGAAACCUGAAUCCUGGCGGAGGAGCUCCUGGUCCGCAAAGGGCGAGGAGGGAAGCGAGGCAGACCCGCGCCGGGGCCCCGCUGCCCAGGCGCUGCAGGGCUUGACUUGCGGGCCACCAGCCUCACCCCACUAACAAACUUAACUGGGGACCGCACCGAGCUGCGUGGGGACUGCAGGAAACAGCAAAUGCUUGAAAGCGCUUUGUAAGUCGGAAAGCGCUGGCGGCGGGUAGUCACACACGCUACUGGCGCGUGGCUACCGCACCAGCCCUGGCCGCGAGGGAAGGCCGCGCCCCGGAUCUGGAAGGGAGCAGGAGCAGGGGCGCCUAAUUCCAGGGCGGCCCUGACGAGCAGCCAAACAAGACGUAACAACAACAACGACGACAAGUAUCUAUAACUACGUUGGGUUGUCUGGGACGUCACGUGUGAAAAAGGGCUUCGGCAUCCUGCUCCGCAGCGUUUACCUGACGCCGCCUCAGCCGCGUGGACAUGGCCUCCGUUUUACAGAUGGGGAAACUGUGCCCGAAGUCACAGGCCAUAGGGAGGCCUUUCAGGGUCGCUUUGUAUUUGGGGCCGGCAGUGUGGAUGGAUGAACUAGCAUCUCCAAGUUUGGCUUUGGGGUGGUUGGAUUACUAAGGGUGGGUGUGUUUUGAAAACCAUUAAGCACUAUACAGCUGGUAUAGACUUACUACUACUGUUGCAUGACGAUGGUGGAGAAGAACUAGGCAAUGCUUUGGAGGCUGAUCUGAAGCAAUCUUCCUUGAGCUCCUGCACCCUUCAGGAGUUUCCGUUUGACCUGAGGUGUGCUCAGCGAGGGGUCCCUUACAAGGGUAGAGACUCCUGGCCUCAACCAGUUUUCAAGACUCCAGAUAAAUAUGGUUUUUUUUUAAAUGAAGAAAUGCCAAAACAGGUUGCAAAAAAAUGUGUUAUAUU